AUGGCUACGCUCGAGUCGUCGUGCACGCUUCCCACGGCUGAGGGCACGGUGCUGAUGCAAGUGUAUCACGACCCGGCCACUGGACCGGAUAAGCCGUGGGUCGUCUCCUCGAGCGGCGACCUUGACGGCCGGGAGGGCGUGCUCGUCCGGCUUCACGACGCGUGCUUCACGUCGGAGAUACUGCGGUCGGUCAAGUGCGACUGCGAGGCGCAGCUGCGCGAGUCGCAGCGGCUCAUCGCUGCCGAGGGCGGCGUCCUCAUCUACACGCCGCACGAGGGGCGCGGGAUCGGCCUCGCAAAAAAGGUUGCGGCGUACCGGCUGCAGCACGAGCAGAAUCUCGACACGGUGGACGCGAACCGGGCGCUGGGCGAGCCCGACGAGGCGCGCACGUACACGUGCGUCCCGCUCAUGCUGCGCAACCUCGGCGUUCGCUCCAUCCGCCUCCUCUCCAACAACCCGUUCAAGGCAAACGCGCUGCGGGCGCUCGGCGUGACGGUGGUGAGGAUGGAGUCGCUGUGGAAGGCGGACGUGUCGGACCUGUGCCUCUCGUACGUGCAGGCCAAG